GAACGAUGGAGAUGACCGUCGGCGCCUGCUCCACGCCUUCUCGAGCAGAGUCAACCACCACCACCGCUCUGGUCCCCUCCAUCUCGGUCUGGAACCGCUCACAUGAGCUGCGAAAGACAUCAAAGAUGUACAGCCGCCCUGUUGACGGCAUGCUCUUGCGCACAUUCUGGGCCAAGGCGUACCCCAUGGCACUUAGGCCUGAAGACUCACCGCGGAUCUGGGACCAUAUUACUGGACAUAAGCCACGGACCCGAAAUUCCACACAGUUGGGGUCUAGGGGAAGGAGAGAGGCGAAGGCGUUCUCCACCAGGGCCUUGGUGAAAUGGAACGAUGGUAAUGUCACAUUAGAACGUCGUGGUUUUAUUCGGCGCAUUGCCAACGGCAACAGUUUUAACGGAGAUCGGAUGAUCUACCUGAAAGCUAAAGAGCUAGAAAAUGCUUUUUGGGGGCAUGAUGUCGAGUAA